CCGUGGGUGAGGAAUAAGGGUUGAAACCAUUGGCGGCACUCCAAUUCUCUCGCUCUCUCUCUCUGUCUCCUCUUUCUGUUUAGGUAACGUAUAUGCGAGCGGAGUUGGCUUUGAAGUUUUCAUUCAGUUUAGAUUACCUCUAUUCGGGCCCUAAUGCUUGGGAUCUUGUUUCGUUUCUGUCGAUCUGUGGCCUCGGACGGAGAAAAGUCGAGAACUCGGGUCGAUGAUGGAGGUGUCAAAGGAGAAUUCGAAGGAUGCUUUCAUGGAAAUAGACAUCGGGAACUCUGUGGAGUCCUUUCAGAAGCUUUUAGAAUCUCAGAAAGUGCUUUUUCAUAGCCAGGUCGAUCAGCUUCAGAAGAUUGUUGUAACGCAAUGCAAUCUCACUGGUGUAAAUCCUCUGGCUCAAGAAAUGGCGGCUGGUGCACUGUCGAUUAAAAUUGGGAAAAGACCAAGAGAUUUGCUAAACCCUAAGGCUGUAAAAUAUAUGCAAGCAGUCUUUUCUAUUAAAGAUACGAUUAGCAAGAAGGAAUCUCGUGAGAUCAGCGCUCUUUGUGGUGUUACUGUUACACAGGUUCGAGAAUUCUUUUCUGGUCAGCGUUCGAGAGUGAGAAAGCUUGUCCGAUUGUCAAAGGAGAAGGUGGUUAGGUCUAAGGCAACCGGGGAUGGGUGCUCAACUGCUUCUGAUACUGCCAUGUCUAUCGAUCAAGUUCCUUUGAAUUCUGUGGAGGCUAAGACUGUUGAAGAAAUCCCCUCCUGCUCAUUACAGGAGGAAGCUCUACCUGACAUAGACAACUCUGACAAAUAUUUCCUUGAGAAUAUUUUCAAUUUGAUGAGGAAAGAGCAAACAUUCUCCGGGCAGGUGAAGCUGAUGGAGUGGAUCCUGCAGAUACAAAAUUCUUCAGUUUUAUCUUGGUUUUUAACUAAAGAUGGUCUGAUGAUUUUAACAACAUGGUUGAGCCAAGCAUCUUUGGAGGAACAGACAACUGUUCUCCUUGUCAUAUUUAAGGUUCUUUGUCACCUGCCAUUACAUAAAGCUUUGCCUAUUCAUAUGUCUGCCAUUUUACAAACUGUGAACAGAUUGCGCUUUUAUAGGACAUCAGACAUAUCAAACAGGGCAAGAGUUCUGUUAUCAAGGUGGAGCAAAAUAUUUGUGAGAAGUCAAGUUUUGAAGAGACCCACUUGUAUAAAUUCCUCAAAUACUGCACAGAAAGAGAUGAUUCAGAAGCAGAGGAGCGGUGAAAUUCUCAGUGAUGAGGCUUGGCAGUCAAAAGUUGAUAUUCCUGACGAGAUUCUUGCCCUCACUUUUGAGAGUUCAGAAAAUCCCAGGAACUCAGAUCCUCCCAGGACACUGAAACUGCUCCCUGCAUCUGCUGAUGAUCCAAACAGAAGAUACGUUCAAAAUGUGCCUUCACAAACAAGAGUACGCAGAAAAGUUCAAUUAGUCGAACACCCAGGGCAGAAAACAAGCACCAGAAGCCUGCAGGUUGCGAGGGCAGUGCCUGCGAAGCAAAGCCGUCCAAUGUCAGCUGAUGAUAUACAGAAAGCCAAAAUGCGUGCUCAUUUCAUGCAGAGCAAGUAUGGCAAUAUUGGUUCAUCUUCUACUGAUGGCCAGAGACAGAAGACUGAAGAUCCAAUGAAACCAUAUGCUUCUCAGAGAGGCAAUUUGCCUUCAGCAUCUAAAACACUUCAUAGGCCAAAAAUUGAGGAAGAUACUAAUUUUGCUGCACUUGCCUCGACAACUUCCAGCAAAUUAGAAGAUCCAAUUAAACCAAUGGCAAGCUUGGACCACCAGAAAUCCUCGCAGGAGAAGUUUAGGAGGGAUCAAAUCUCAUGGCAGAUACCUCCAGAGAUGAGGAUCAACAGUAUGUGGAGAAUUGGCACAGGGGAGAAGAGCAAAGAAGUUGAAUUUCAGUUUGAGAGGUUAAGACGGGAGAAGGAAACCUUUUACAAUAGUAAUCAGGAAAUUCCGCGUAAUCCCAAGGAACCAUGGGACCUAGAGAUUGAUUAUGAUGACACCUUGACCCCGGUAAUACCAACUGAACAGCCGCCGGAUGCCGAUGCUACAGAACCAGGGAACAGUAGUGCAGCUGCAACUAAUCAGGAAUGUCGCCUCCUUCCGGCUGCAACUAGUAAUGGUUGUGCUCCUGAACCGGAUCUUGAGUUGCUUGCUGUGCUUUUGAAGAACCCAGAACUGGUUUUUGCCUUGACUUCUGGCCAAGGUGGUAACUUAUCUAGUGCAGAGACAGUGAGGCUUCUCGAUAUGAUUAAGGCUAGUGGGAUUGGUUUACCUGGGAUUUUAAGUGGGAUGAGUGGAAAGGCUGAAGAGAAGGUGGAAGUGACAUCUCUUCCAUCACCGACUCCUAUAUCAGAUCAUAUAAUGAGUGGAUGGAGAUCUGAAGCUGGUAGUGAUCGUUUCUCACAGGCUAGUUCAGCAGCUUACAGUGACGUGCCUGUGACUUCUACCAUCCCUUCCUUGGGAAAGCUCCCUCUUACUGGUUCUGUGCAGACCCAAAUGCCAAGCACCAUCCCUCCCUCGGGAAAUCUCCCUCUUACUGGUUCUGUGCAGACCCAAAUGCCAAGCACUUCCUUUUCGUCACUGCAGAUACCUACGACAAUGGCUAAUCGAGUGCCCCAACAACUGCAAGCAGCAUUUCAGCUAGUCUCAUCUCAGCAGAUUACUGGUGCUGUGUUUCCUGAGAAACAAACAAUAACUCUAAGCCAACAAUCUCCCACCAUGAAUCAGUUCUCACUGAAGAGUGAAUCAGUAGAGUUUGGGCAAAUGCAAAAUGUGAAGCCUGCAACUGUAUCAAUUGUUCUGAACCCACCAAAAUCGAGGCCUCCCAUUGCUUUGCAUCCUUUGCCAGCUUUAUUGCCGAAUCCACCAAGACCAAACCCACCUCUGUUACCAACCCCUCCACCCUAUCAGCCUCAGCACACCAGAUGGCCUCCCAAUACAAAUGCAGCUGCUUCUGGGAAGCAGACUUCUAGGAAUGUUGGGCAGUUUUCUGCAACAAAUCUCCAUUUCCAUGCUAACCAAGACAAUUAUAAUGGAAUUCCAAACUCAUAUGGCCAUCGCGACAAUGGGUAUGUGGGUGAGCCAGAGCUAGAGAUGUGGAGUCCAGAGAGGAGUCCAGAGAGGUCCCCAUCAUAUCAAUCUGGGUGGGGAUUUUCUGAACCCAGAAGUGUUUAUGGCUGGAAUUCUAGACCUGAUCGGUCAAGGCAGCGGAAUUCUGGGUACAGGGAACGUAGGAAUGGGAGAAGAUGGCGAAGGCAGUGAGUCUCUGUAUAUUGUUAGCUUCCGCUUGGAUCCUCUUAAGGCUCUAAUGACAAAAAGUAUAAAGAUGUGUACAGGUCCUAAUUUAAAUUCAAUUGGGCAGUUGGAAACGAAUUUUAGGAUUCGGGAUUAGUGAUACUGGAACAUUUGGCAGUUUAGAUUUUUUAUUUUUU